AUAAAAACUAUGUAUUUAAAUAAUAGCUUAUAUUACGUUUGGUUGUAAUAUACAUGAUGCUCAAUGUAAUUAAGCAACUAAUUAAUUGGUCUAUUACAGUAUGUUACAAUUUUUUUUUAGAUAUCGUGAACAAUUAUAUAUUUUGACUGUAUGAUAUGGGCAUGAUAUCCCUUGAUAUCAUUUAUGAACAUUUAGUUGUGAUACUUAAUUACUUGCAUGUAUUUUUCUGAUCAAACACUCACUUAUCCAGACAUUUUAAGAGUGUUCAGUUACACCUCCAUGAAAACGACAGGAGGUUUUAUUAAUAGUAAAAUAUGGGCGACACGAUACCUGCAGAAAAGAGAAAGCCUUUGAAAGAUGACGUUGAUAGCGGUUUUGCUUGGGUUGUCUUAAUAGGAUGUUUUGUGAUGUACAUGUUCGUGGUUGGAAGUAUCAAGGCCUAUGGGAUGCUUUACACAGAGGUGGUCGAGUAUUAUUCUUCCGGAUCUGGUAACACAGCCUGGAUUGGCAGUAUAGCCAUAAUACUUGAAUUAGGUCUAGGGCCGAUAGCCAACUUUCUUUGCAAAAUCUAUACAUUUCGACGUGUAACUACAAUAGGAGGUAUUCUGGUAGGGCUAGGAUAUUUUCUGUCGGGAUUUGUCACAAGGAUGGAAUACAUGUACUUAACCUUCCUAUGCGCUGGACUUGGAUACGGAUUAACGUAUGCACCUUGUUCGACAAUUAUAAGUUAUUAUUUCAAUAAACGUCGAGGACUUGCUAUUGGUAUAACCGUGUCUGGUGGUGGUGUUGGGGCGAUAGCUCUUCCAUUCCUAUAUAAGUAUCUCAUUGAGAAGUAUGGCCUGAAAGGAAUGUUCUGGAUCAUCGGCGCAAUCUUUGCUAACAUUUGUGUUGCGGCUUGUUUAUUUCGACAGCCAAUAUACUUAAUAAAGGAACGGAAAAAAAGAGUUCUUGCGAACAAUAGUUCUAACAAUGGAUAUGAUGUCGGUGGAGGCCGAUCAUCCCUUGGGGAAAAUGGUGAAAAUAUUGCUCAAGGGAUUAAUAAAAGUCGUUGCGAUGCAUUAGAUCUGAGAUUUUCUCUUUUUAAAAAUGUGCUGUUUACUCUCUAUGUUACAUCAUUCAUGUGUUGUACAUUUGGAUAUGUUGGAAGUCUCGUUACAAUUCCGGGAAAUGUAAAGGCACUUGGUUAUGACAGAACAUAUGUGGCACUCAGUGUAACAAUAUCGGCUGGUGUGGAAGUUUUGGCUAGAAUUUUGAUCGGAUUAUUUGCAGAUAUGAACAUUAUUAAGCGUAAAUACAUAUAUGCAGUUAGUAUGUUUAUCGGAGGAGUAUUUUCUCUAUUAGCUCCAUUUUUUGAAAGUUUUACUUUCAUUGCUGUUUAUGCAGUCAUUGUAGCUACAUUUUCGGGAUCAUUCAUCAGCUUAAUGCCACUGAUUUUGAUAGAUGUUGUGGGUUUGGAGAAUUUUGCGCCUGCAUUUGGACUACUGACAUUUUCCCUGGCUGUUGCCGUUUUACCAAGUCAGCCUUCAGUUGGUUGGUUGUACGACUUGUACGGAAACUGGAAUCCAUCAUUAAUUCUCACUGGUUGUAUGUAUCUUUUGGCCGGGAUCAUUGUACUUCUGGAACCUAUCGUAAUCCGAUGUUGCACUAAAAGAGACAACGAAGAAUCUAGUUCACCUGACAACCAAAGACAAAUCCAUAAUCAAUGCACAGCAGCAGAAGAUAUGUGUAAAGAUAACGUCGGAUUCUCUGAUACUAGUUUCGCUUCUUGAUUUUUCCGUGCAUAAUAUUGAAAAUAAGACUUGUAUCAUGUAACUUGUCCGUUAUCCAUUUUUUUAUUGAGAAUGAAAGCAUGACUAUUUCUUUGAUUCUUUCACAUCAACAUGUUUUAAAUCAGGGAAUUACUGAGCAGUUUUGAUAGUGAUAUGAGUAUCCGAAAUAGUUUAAUUAUUUGGUUUUAAUUGUUUUGGGUUUAAUGACGCACCAACACAAUUGUAGGUAAUACUUACGGCGAUUUUCCAUCAGCUUUUGAUGAAGGAGGAAGACCACUAGGAACCCCUCCAUGCAAUAUUUCAUCAUGGGCGGACCCUGGGGUAGAAACACCGACCUUUUGUAAGUCAGCUGAAUAGCUUCUUCACAUGAAGUUGAGGAUUUAAUCUAUUUUUAAUAAGACUUUACUACAUACAUUACACUACUACCUGCUUGAAGCAAGCAUGCUUAGAUUUUUGAAAGCAAUAUAAUCCGUUAUAAAAUUAAUAAAAUCACAGAUAAUCUGAUUUGCAUUAGAUACACAAAACUAUAUAAUAAAGCCUACUUCAAAUGUACAAGUAAAAUAUAUGUAUUGAAUAGAAAAUAGUUAACAAGUGCUUAAGUUGUACUCUUCGAAAUAUUAUCGUCGUUGCAAUAUUUUCUUCCUAAUAUUUCCUACCUUUGUAAGUAGACCAAUGAUACAGUUUUUCUUUGUUGUUGUUGUUGUUUCUUUUCUUCUUCUUUUUUUUGCUCGCUUUCUUUGUUUGUUUGUGGCUUUUUAUGUUGUUGUUUUUUUUUUUUUUGCUAUUGUUGUUGUUAUUUAUAACAUAUAUGCUAGUGUGUUUUAUUGUCAAAAUAAACAAAGACAAUUUGAAAUGAAUUUUGAUACAAGACAACGCUUUAUUUAACAGCAUUUUACGUACAUUAAUUUUAUAACAUAAGCGCUUUGAUAAAUUAUUUCGGAAGGCUAAUUUACACAUGCUUCAAUUAUUUUGAACACAAUAAAAUGGACAGGUUUAUUUCCUUUUACUUCAUUAAAUUAAUGUUUGUAAUAAUAGCUUUCUUUUCAAAACAGCAUUUAACAGAACGUGCGUAAAAGUUUAAGAUACAAAAUACGAGUGGAUCUAAUAAUAUAGAUUCACACUUAUACCAGUCAUGAUUAAACAAGCCUGGGAUGUUUUGUUCUUAUUAACUUUUAGAUUCAAAAAGCGCAGUUUUAUACGUUGUAAUCUGGCUACAUGAGACGACUAUUCAUGGCAGUAUGAACAGGAUCUUUAAUUUACAUUUUACAUUUUAACUGGAGUGAGUGCCAGAUCUUUUUUUACAAUGACAUUUUAUACACUUGUUGCAUAUAUUAAUAAUAUAAACAGUUCUCUUUUUAUAAUGUGUAAACUUGCUAGAUAUUUGUUUGAAUACUUCUGACACUUGAAAGAUUUUUGAAACGGUAGGAAAUUUGUGAUACAAUGAAAAUAUAUUUUCAUGUUUUGUGGAUUUUAUAUCUGAUGCAGCUGAUAUGUACGUGCCAGCCAAGGAAGCAUCGCAAUAAAGCACGAGACAAAAUGAAAAACUCGCAUGUAAAAGAGAAUAACCUAGCUGCACGUGAUUCCAUGUCUGUAAAUGAUGUAUUCCUCGAAAUAUGUCUGCCUUCUGGAUCCGACAGACUGGUUUACAGAUACCAAAAUGAUUCCCAUAUAUUCAUAGGAUUUGAUGACGUAAAACAGGAUACAGUCUAUUCAUUGAUAUGGAAAAUUAACGAAGGUAAUCCAGAAGCGUUAACUAGCAAUAACUGGAAUGGAUUUUGGACGAUUCCUUCACUUCAGGUCCGGAAACACAUGAAAACUGAGCAAUUAUUGGCGGCAGCUGAUGAAAAGUUGCAGGACACUUUCCUUGGCCGUAUUUCCACGUGCAGUCAGUCAAAGGUCACCUCAAAGGCGUGUUUAAUCCAGUCGUUUGCUGCUCUUGCCAGGAAGAUGAAGGAAGUUACAUUUGAAAAGACCUGUAAUAAAUAAGAUCACACGCACACGCAUGCUGAUAUACAACUAAUGUUUAUUAAGGCUUUAAUGUGAAUAUUAAAUGAGAAUGAGCAGGUUCAUAGAACUAGUGCCGCUCUGUCUGAAAUGUUUUAGGUUGCAGCAUAAAGGAAACCAAUGUAUUUAUAACGUUUCAUGUGUUUUUAUUUACUAGAAAUACUAAAUUGUUAGUGCACAAAAAUUACCAUUACAUUAUAUUUUCGCGAGAAACAUUUAACAAUGAUACAGGUGAGAAAUUAUACAAACAACAGUUACGAAACGUAUGUGUAAGUUGUAAAAUAAAAUCUGAACAAUGUUUAGGCUUACAACAUC